CUUUUUUUCACUCUUUCUCGUCAGAAUUCGUCGUCUCUGUUCUUGCAUCCUCCUCAGUUUUCUCUCUCUCUCUCUCUCAUUCUUUUUUUUUUUUUUAAGUCGGAGCCCUAAUUUCUAAUUCUCUCGUCUUGGCCAGAGAACAACCCACAAGGUCACUAGGCAAGGUGUGUCCGAGGGGGCUAUGCAGUUGUGAUAUUUAUUUUAUUUGACAGCUUUGGAAUAGGAGUUUUAGCAAUGGAAGGAGUUCCAGGGGUCAAUACUGUUCCAAAUCCAAACCAUUAUGACAAGUCAAUAGUGCUAGAUGUAAAACCGCUGCGAAGUUUGAGACCUAUUUUUCCAAAUGGUAAUCAAGGUCCACCAUUUGUUGGAGGUCCACCUUUUGGCUCUUCUUCUUCUGAGUAUUCUCCUUUCUUUCCGUUUGGAGGACAACAGCCAACGCAAGAUACUCCAGAUCUCAAUCAAACCCAGCACACGCCUCCUCCAUCAUUUGUUCCACCUCUUCAAUCAUAUAGAACACCUACUGCAUCAAAUGGCCCCAGCAGCUCCAGUGGAACUAAAAGAGGAGUUGGUCGUCCUAAGAAAACUAGUGGUGUCAAUACACCUCCUCCAUCAUUUGUUCCACCUCUUCGAUCAUAUGGAACACCUACUGUAUCAAAUGACCCCAGCAGCUCCAGUGGAACUAAAAGAAAAGUUGGUCGUCCUAAGGGAAGUACUGGUGCGAAGAAAAAACAGGAGAAGUCUGUGCCCAAAGAGCCUAAUUUGGAUGUUCAGGUAGUGAAAAGAUUCAGUGCAGAUUUUGACAGCGGGAUCAGUGUAGCAGAGCGAGAAGAUGGAAAUGAGGAGUUAGUAAGCAGCGUGUUGAUGCGUUUUGAUGCAGUUAGGAGGCGGCUCAGCCAAGUAGAGUAUGCAAAGGCCGCGACUUCGAAAGCAGCAGGUACUUUGAUGAGCAAUGGGGUGCGGACAAACAUGAAGAAGAGAGUUGGGACAGUUCCUGGAAUUGAGGUUGGGGAUAUCUUCUUUUCUCGGAUAGAGAUGUGUUUAGUGGGUCUUCACAUGCAGACUAUGGCUGGCAUUGACUAUAUAACAAGUAAGGUCGGGGCAGAUGAAGAGCCUUUAGCUACUAGCAUUGUUUCAUCUGGACGUUAUGAUGGUGAAGCCCAGGAUCCUGAGUCUUUAAUUUAUAGUGGACAAGGCGGCAAUGCAGACAAGAACGGACAAGCAUCUGAUCAGAAACUUGAAAGGGGUAAUCUGGCAUUAGAGAAAAGCUUGAGGAAGGGCAAUGGAGUAAGAGUCAUACGAGGGGAAGAGGAUCCAGCUAGUAAAACAGGAAAGAUCUAUAUUUAUGAUGGACUCUAUUCUAUCUCAGAGUCAUGGGUGGAGAAAGGGAAAUCCGGUUGCAACACAUUUAAAUAUAAAUUGGUGAGACUACCUGGUCAGCCACCUGCUUUUGGCGCCUGGAAAUCUGUUAAGAAGUGGGAGCAAGGUUUGACUACAAGAACAGGCCUUAUCCUUCCAGAUCUCACUUCAGGAGCUGAAAGUAAACCUGUUUCGCUUGUGAAUGACGUUGAUGAGGAGAAGGGACCUGCUUACUUUACCUACAUCUCCUCUCUAAAAUACUCGGAAACGUUUAAACUAACUCAGACCACAAUUGGUUGUUCUUGUCAUGGCUCAUGUGCACCGGGAGAUCUUAACUGCUCUUGCGUCCGAAGAAAUGGCGGUGAUCUCCCUUACCUUAAUGGGACUAUGCUUGUUUCUCGGAGGCCAAUGAUAUAUGAAUGUGGCCCAACUUGUCCAUGUCAUGCCAAUUGCAAAAACAAGGUGAUUCAGACAGGACUGAAAGCUCGCCUGGAAGUGUUUAAGACAGCCAAUCGUGGUUGGGGUUUACGUUCGUGGGAUCCCAUCCGAGCUGGUUCUUUCAUAUGUGAAUAUGCUGGUGAGGUCAAAGACAAAGGGAAGUUUAGAGCGGACCAAGAAGACGAUGAGUUUGUCUUCGACACAUCGCGUGUUUAUAACACAUUUAAGUGGAAUUAUGAGCCUGCAUUAGUAGAUGAAGACCCUUCAGAUGAAGUCCCCGAGGAGUUUAAUCUCCCAUCACCACUCUUGAUCAGUGCCAAGAAUUUCGGAAAUGUAGCUCGGUUCAUGAACCACAGUUGCUCUCCCAACGUUCUGUGGCAGCCAGUUAUUUGUGAAGGAAACGGUGAAUCGGUUGUCCACAUUGCUUUCUUUGCCAUUCGUCACAUUUCUCCAUUGGCAGAAUUGACAUAUGACUAUGGGGUCUCCCCUACAUCCGAGGCUAGCAUUGGGAGCUUUAUACAUGGAAAGAGGAAAUGUCUCUGUGGAUCUGUGAAAUGUCGUGGUUCAUUCGGAUAAUCUGAGACCUGGAAGAAGAUCUCAACGUGUGUAGCAAAGUAGAAAGGGGUGGCUUUUGUUGUGCCCUUAGUUCUUCUUCUUAAAUAGUUGCUGUUUUUGAAAACUGUGUAUGCAUUUGCAUGUUCUGUGGCGAUGCAUACACAUCUAACGUGUUUUGUAUUGGCUUUAGGUUCCAUGCGCUCAUGAAUUGGUAAAAAUAAACUCUAUAGAGCGAUUCAGUUAUGUUUUAAAGCUUUUUGUAACCAGUCGACUUUAAUAAUGAGAAGAAAUAAAAAA